CGAGGACGACAUGGCACUGCAACGCAGCGAUUCUUGCGGUGCACAUAGUGUUACCAAGAUAUGUACAUUCCUGAUGCUUCUUCGUAGAGACCUGCGAGCAUCGUAGUUCGACACUUCGCAUAUAUAUGGGCACGUUUGGCUUGCCUCAGCACCACCACUUCUACUCUUCACCUAAAAUAUCCUUGAUAUGUCUUCCCAGAAGGCUCUUUAUCUCCUCCAAGCUAAAGGCCAAUUCGCGAUCAAGGAGAGGGAUAUCCAAGAACCAGGCCCCAACGAGGUCCUCGUUGAGAUCCACGCGACUGCGCUUAAUCCCGCCGAGUGGAAGGUCCAGACGUAUGGAAUCUUCAUCACCGAGUACCCUGCUAUCCUCGGUUGUGACGCGGCGGGAAUUGUUAAGAAGGUUGGUGCUGGAGUGACCGACAUCUCCGUCGGUGACAGGAUACUUUUCCAGGGAGACUAUGGCAAUCGCUACGCCACAUUCCAGCAGUAUAGCGUCAUGCCAGCAGAGCUCGUCGCCAGAAUCCCGCAGAACCUGACCUUGGACCAGGCUUCUUCGGUCCCAGCCGCAGCAGCGACCGCUGCUCUCGGUUUCUACAACCCCAAGGAGGCGGGUGGCAUUGCGCUCACUGCUCCUUGGGAGGAGGGCGGCCGCGGCAAGUACGCUGACGAGCCUAUCCUCAUCAUUGGCGGCUCUUCUGCUGUCGGUCAGCAGGCGAUUCAAUUUGCGAAGCUCUCUGGCUUCUCGCCUAUCAUCACUAUAGGCUCGCUUCGCAACGAGGCGUACCUCAAGUCGCUCGGUGUGACGCAUGUCAUUGACCGCGCCGCGCCGCUGUCCGCGCUGCCUGCGGCAGUCAAGGCGAUCACGAGCAAGCCUGUCAAGGUCGCAUACGACGCCAUUUCGGAGUUAGAGACGCAGAACGCUGCGUAUGACGUCCUCGCACCGGGCGGCAAGCUUAUCAUCGUUCUUACGGGGGCAGUCGGCAAGGAUAAAAUCACGUCCGAAAAAGAGAUUUCGAAUGUGCAUGCCUGGGUUCACACGCCUGAUCAGCGUGAAGUUAGCAAAAUUCUGUACGCUAACCUGACGGGCCUGCUCGAGAGUGGCGCAAUCAAGCCCAACAACAUCGAGGUGCUGCCUGGUGGGCUUGCGGGUAUCUCUGAAGGUUUAGAGAGGCUCAAGAGGGGCAUUAGCGCUGCGAAGCUCGUUGUGCACCCGCAGGAGACUGCCUGAAAUCCCUCGUAAAUAUCUGCUUAUAUGUAUGCAGGUUUCCAUUG